AUGGCAGCGAAAGUGCUAGAAGCCGGGUUCUACUGGCCAACAAUGUUUAAAGAUGCCCAUAAAUUGGUGAAGGGCUAUAAUGAAUGUCAGCAAACCAGGAACAUUUCCCGUCGCCAUGAGAUGCCCAUGAACCAAAUUCAAGAGGUUGAAGUGUUCGAUGUCUGGGGGAUAGACUUCAUGGGCCCCUUUGUCAGCUCCUUUGACAAUAAGUACAUACUUGUUGCUGUCGAUUAUGUGUCCAAAUGGGUGAAAGCUGCAGCACUUUCCACCAAUGAUGCAAGAUUGAAUUUGGACAUUAAGGCUGCGAGCACAACUAGAGUCAUAGAAUUGCAUGAGCUCAACGAGUUCCGAUAUCUUGCUUUCGGGAGCACGAGGCUGUAUAAGGAGAUAAUGAAAAGGCUGCAUGACAAGAACAUUGUUGAGCAAAAUUUCAAUCCCGGAGACAUGGUAUUGCUUUAUAACUCAAGAUUAAGGCUAUUUUCGGGUAAAUUCAAUCACGAUGGUCUGGACCAUUUCGAGUGGUCGAAGUAUUCCUUUCAGGUGCCGUAG